UUUAACUUUUAUCGACCUACUUCUUCCACUAGCAUACAUAUAUUUGUUAUUAUAUAAAGACCUAAAGAGGCAAGUAUUAUUCAUACAACAAAAAACCUUACUAAAAACAAUCAUCCAACAUUACACUGAACAAGUGACCAUUAUGGCUCUUAUGGCGCAAGACACCACUCCCUUAGUGUUAAACGUAACACGAGGGAAGCCAGAACUUGUACGCCCAGCACAGCCUACGCCGCAAGAGUUAAAGCCGCUCUCGGACAUCGAUGAUCAAGAGGGCCUACGAUUCCAGAUGCCGGCCAUCAUGUUCUACCGGGCUGACCCUUCCAUGGAUGGGAAGGACCCGGUGAAAGUGGUAAAGGAUGCUCUCGCAAAGGCUCUUGUGUUUUACUACCCUUACGCAGGUCGGCUCGUAGAAGGGCCAACGAGGAAGCUCAGUGUCGACUGUACGGGUGAAGGUUUGCCCUUCAUCGAGGCUGAUGCUGAUGCCCGGCUUGAGGAUUUUGGAGAUGAAAUUCAUCCUCCAUUUCCUCUUGAGGACUUACUUUAUGAUAUUCCUGGCACUGAUGGAAUGCUUGGCACUCCUUUGAUUAUAGUUCAGGUGACCCGUCUAAAGUGUGGUGGAUUCAUAAUAGCCCUUCGAGCUAACCACUCAGUCUGUGAUGGCACUGGCGUAAUGCAAUUCAUGAAUGCAGUGGGAGAGAUGGGAAGAGGAUCCGAUACUCCCUCUGUCCUCCCUGUUUGGGAUCGAGAACGCUUAAUUGCCGGAGAAUCCCCAAAAGUAAGCUUCCCCCAUCCUGAGUAUGACCAACAUGAAGUUGAUCACCACUCUAAUGGGGAAGCCAACUUACUCCAGCAAUCCUUCCUCUUUGGUCCUACAGAACUUGAAGCCUUACGCCGCCAUAUUCCUCCGCACAUCAAACAAUUCUCCACCUUCGACAUCUUAAGCGCCUGCCUUUGGCGUUGUCGAACCAUAGCACUAGGACUUGACCCUAAUGAGGAAGUACGUUUGUGCUUUGCUGUUAAUGCAAGGACCAAGUUUAACCCACCUCUUGAAAAGGGAUACUAUGGUAAUGCUUGUGCGUUUCCAGCUGUAUGUGCUAAGGCAGGUGAAAUAUGCAACAACAAAGUAGACUACAUUUUGGGACUAAUAAGGAAUGCUAAAAGUGAAAUAAAUGAAGAGUAUAUGAGGUCGAUUAUGGACCUUAUGGUAACAAAAGAUAGACCACAUUUUACAGUGCGUCAGACCUAUGUGGUGUCGGACCUUAGACAUUUGGGAUUCGCAGAUGUGGAUAUUGGAUGGGGAAAGCCUGUUUUUGGUGGACCAGCAAGUAAUGGGUCAAUUCCAGAUGCAAGCUUCUUUAUUUCUUUUAAGAACAAGAAAGGAGAGACUAUGAUUAUGGUGCCAAUUUCCCUGUCUCCCCCAGUUAUGGAUGUUUUUGUUCAGGAAUUGCGAGAGAUGCUUAAAGUUGAGCCCUGAAUAAUCAAUUGUUUUUAGUAUUUUUGCA